AUGAAUCCAUUCAUGCUCCUUGACUUUCACUUUCCUGAUGAUUUGUUUUUUGAAUCAAAUCAAAUUGUAAACUUUGACGAUUGUAACAAUGACAAUGAAUUAACCAUGAAUGUUGAAUGGAUGUCCAAUUCACAGGCUGUAGAGAAAAAGGAGGGAGAAACCACAUCAUCAUCAUCAAACGUUGAAAAUGAUUUUUCACCAAUUUCUUGUGAUUCUUGUCGUUCUCAACAUCGAAAAUGUGAUCGAAAAAAACCAACAUGUCAUGCAUGUCAAUUAAGAGGAACACCCUGUAAUUAUACGACCACAACCAAUUGUAAAAGAAAGCCCAAAGCAACACAGAAUAAUACUUGUCUGAAAGAGGAAGAUGUUGCAAUUUUGGAUUUAUAUUUUGUGGAACCUUGUUAUCAAAUGGUUUCAAGACAAGAAUUGGAACAAUUUUUGUUGAGCUCUAACAAACAGUCAUCAUCGCCGAAUUCAGACACUCGAACAUUCUCUAACAAUGAAAUGAAAGAAUUGGCUGCUCUCUAUUAUUCGAUCAAGGCAACAUGUGAAUGUCAAAUGGGACAAGUUGAGAAAUCUGAACAAUCUGCCAAACAAGCGAAGGAACAUCUUUCUCAAGUGUUUGACAGUUACUCAAGUUUGAGAGUGGCUUGUUCCUAUCUCAACUUGUGCUUGUAUGAAUUGUGGUUUGAGCGAUUGGACACAUCCAAGUUUUAUUUUCACAUUUUACUCUUUUUCAAAGAGGGACUGAAAAACGAUCCAUCCCAAGAUGAAAAACACAAAGCUAUUUUCAUGACCGCAAUUUAUUACUUGGAACAUACUAUAUUCAACACUCAAGACAAAAAGAAUCUUCACGAAAUGACCUUUGAACGAUUUCUAAUUGCAAUACCAGCAGUAUUUACAUAUUUCAAAACUGACCAACUCUCUGAAUCCAAUCAUGAUUGGGAGUAUUAUCUCAAAAAUCCACACUUGAUCGAUUCCACAAAUUGCAUGGAAGUCAAUGCUCUUGUUCAAACCCUUUUUAAUGAAGCAAAAAGGUAUGAACAAGUUGUCUUUGGUAAUUCUUCUCUUGUGGAUUUGUAUUAUGAAUUUGCAGAGAAUGGAUGUCGAAUUGCCUUAUUAUCAAAAUGCUCCAAUAGAACUCCAAUGAUUGAAUACACGAUCGAAUCGAGUGCACAAUCCAUUGUCAAUGCCAUUCGUAACCCCAAAUUCAACAUGCUUCCGUUUGAUAUGCUUCUCCAUAUUUCAUUUGCUGCAGAAUAUCAUUUCCAAAAGGUCAUUAAGGCAGAAGUGAAAAGAAAUAUCACCAAUGAUUUGGAAAUGUUAAAGACAGAAUUGAAGGCGUAUCAUCUCUUACAGUCCAGAUACAAAAUUGCCAAGUUCUACUUUUAUGGAGGAGUGUUCAAAAAAAUUGAAGACCAUCUCAAUACCUUACAACAGUGUUAA